AUGUUGUUGUUGUUGUUUACAGGCAUGGAGGCUCUGGACACGGCGGUGUCGUACUGGGAGGACGCGCUGGCCGCGUACACGGUGGAGCGCGGCGGCGGGGGUGGGCCGCUGGCGCUGCCCUCGCAGGAGGAGGCGGAGUUCGCGCGGGAGCUGCAGCAGCUGCUGGACGCCGCCUACCGCCUCCAGGCCGACAGCGAGACCAUGUUCCUCGACCAGAGGUCUGUGCUGUUCCGGACGGACAGCUCGGCGCGGCUGUACGGGGAGUCCAUGACGACGUACACCUCCAACCCGGAAUCCUUCGUCUCCGCCCAGGAUGAGGUAGCUGACUUGAGAGAAUUUGAAGAAUUUGUUGACAUAUUUCCUGACAUAGGAAGUCUUGCAUUGUAUCAGUCAGCAACAAAACAAUUUGAAGAAUCUGGUAUUCCUUACAGGUCUUUACGAACUGAAAUGGUACAUUGUUCAUCUGAUGUAGAGUAUCUGUGCAAACUUCACUGUAUACGAUUAGCUUUCCAGUAUUUGUUUAGAGACCCAGGAGUUUCUCGAUGGUUUGCUGAUACGGGUCGGCAAGUUCUUACUGAUCUUAUUUUAUUUGCAGACAGGGAUCCAAAAGAAUUCUUGGUUGCCUAUGAGAGUAUGUUAGAAUUUUUACAUAAUGAAAGCAACUGGGUUGAAGUUGAGCAGGAACUGAGUUUGAAAGGAGUUAAAGCCAUGACAUUUUACGAUAUAGUGCUUGAUUAUAUUUUGAUGGAUGCUUUUGAAGACCUGGAUUCUCCACCCUCCUCAGUUACAGCAGUUGUCCAGAACAGAUGGCUCUCAAAUGGAUUUAAAGAAACAGCUCUUGCUACUGCAGUGUGGUCAAUAUUGAAAGCAAAACGCCGGAUACUGAAGUUCCCCUAUGGGUUCAUGGCUCAUUUCUAUGCAAUUUCAGAACAGGUUUCACCACUCAUGGCCUGGGGAUACCUUGGUCCUGAUGAAAAUCUAAGAGAAAUGUGCCAUGCUUUCAAGGACCAUGUUGUUGGAUUCCUUGUGGACAUCUUUAGUUUCCAGAAAUCUCGAUUUACAACUGUGGAGGAGCUUGCUGAAGAUGUAUUAAAAUAUGCAAAAGGAAGAGCAGAAAGUCUAAGUUUAAAGAUGUCUUUACAAGAACAAAUAGGUGUAGAUAAACUGAAUAUGUCAUAGAUCCUAAUGGAUGUCAUGUGUCAUUUAGAUGAAGUUUAACAGUAUUUGACAACUUAGAGUAUUACAUUUAUUAUUAACAGAAAUUGUUAUAGUGAAACUAUUAGUCACCAAUACUCGCCUGUAUGUUCUGCACAGUGUGGUGCUGCAUUGAUAAGUGAAAAUGUAGGAUGUGCAAACAAAUUGUUUCCAUGUUAGGAUUGUGAUGUUGGCUGUAUGAUGAUUUAUGAACAAUCAUUCCAGUUUAAAGUACAUAAUUCAUAUUUUCUCAUCAUUAUGUGAAAGUGACAUCAAGAAUCUGUGAAUUAAGUGGAAUCUCAGUUUUUUGUUUUUUCUUAAAACUUUUACAGAAAAUUGUAUGGAAUAACUAUUUAGUGACAUGUUCAAAUGUAUUGUUUUUCUCAAAUUAUUUUUAUUUUUUAGGGUUUUGCAGACAUUUAUAGAACUGGUUUUCAGCUGAUCAGGUCUCUUCUCCCUUCUUCUUCUUCUUCUUCUUCCUGUUAUCUCUCUCUCUCUCUCUCUCUCUCUCUCUCUCUCUCUCUCUCUCUCUCUCUCUCUCUCUGCCUCUCUGCAGCCUACCUUUUCUGUAAUAUUAUUUUCUAUCUGGAAUUAAGUAUUACAAUUUCUGGUGUAGCAUGCCUAGUACUGUAAGUGACUUUAGGAAAGAAACUGUAACAUGUCACACAUUUUAUUUGUAAUUCUUUUGGUAGCAUGGAUGUCUGUGGAGUGGAGGUGUUCACGAGCAAUAAUUCAUUAGCACUUACGCAUCAGUAUCUUAGUGUGUGUGAUUCAUAUUGUUGUGCUGUGCUGUCAUAUUAUUAAUAAACUGCUUUUAGCAUUUUGUAAACAAAAUUGAUGUCGAAGAGGUUGUCUUAAGAUAUAAGAAAUUAUAUGAAAAUUGGUAUUAAUGAAAUGACAAAGCACUAAUCUGACAUAAAAGACAAAGCAGCCAGUCUUACGUGUAAGUUUUAUUGCAGUGAAAAAAGACUGGUUAACUCUUUAUUAACAUCAGCAAUGCUUGUGUUGCAUUUUGGUCAACGUUCAUUAUGCCUUAGAGUAGGUAUUUUUUGGGCUUUUGUGAGAUAUAUGGUACUUUCAUUUAAUAGAAAAAAGGUAGCAUAAAUUUCCUUACAAAAACACUGUUUGUAAAGAGGUGAAACAAGAGACUGCAGUGCAUACAAAGAAAUGCUUCUUUGUGUUUAUCUGUUUCUCAUGUAAGGCUGUGGCAAAAAACUUCCAGCAACAAACAUUUAUCUUAAACAGCACAUUUCCUUCAAAACAUUUACAUUGAUGACAUUUGACUAAACAUGUAAAUGUAAUUAAAAUUUUGGUGUAUAAGGAAAUAGUUCAAAACAAAUCAGUUGUAUGACAAAACUGCUUAUUUUUGAAACUUUUGUAAGGGCAGUGCAAACUGCUUUCUGUGAAGUGUUCCAUUUUUGACUAUAGCAAUAAUUAAGAGAGUAAGUUAAAGCUGGGUAUUUAAUAUUUAUCUAAAGCCUUCUGAAUCGCACAUCCAUUCCCAAGUAGUGGAACUAAGAGGAAACAGUUCUGCAGGGGAAAUUGCAUUGCAAGGGAAUGAACAUUAAAAUGAAAUGGAAUGCAUUUGGAAUGGGUGUAGUGCAAAACAGUUGCCUGUUCACCAUGAGACAGGCUUUCUCUUUUUGUUAAACUUCUCUCCCUCUCUGUAUUCAUAUCUGCAAAAAAUAAUCUAGUACUGAAACUGAAAAAAAUUGAAUAAAAUAAUACAUCUGAAGUUUUAAAAGUGAAAAGUGACAUUUGUCACUCUUUCAGUAUAGUAUUGACAUGCUGCAUCAUCUGCUGUGAAUUAUGUUUUUGACAUAGCAGUGUGCUAAAUAGAAGUUUCCAUUCCAUGUAAUGAAGAGAAGCAGCAUAUUUUGUGAGGCAACAAAAACAAAAUGGUUCAGAUUAAGAGUUGUGAUAGCUGAGCUUCAAAUGUAUCAUUUGUCAUUACUCCAAUCUCUAGUAAGAGUCAAUUCUCUCUAUAUUAUUUGAGAUCUGAGUUUUAAUCUAAGAUUUCCUGAAGAGUACUGAAAAUAAUCGCAAGAUUACAUUCCAUUACUUAAGCUUUGGUCAGCAAAUAUACUUUUCAGGGGUAAUGUGUGUGUCUGUCCUUGUAUCAUUUACUGGUACCUAAUUACAGCUACAAACUAUUGUAUUAUGCUUGUAAUGUAUUAAAUAUUUCUUGGUUUUUGAA